AUGGGCUUUUCAAGAUAUCGUGAUAUUUUGAUAUGCCUCCGGUUCGAUGAUAAGCUUACAAGGGAAGAAAGAAAAACUGCUUCUGGAUCAAAAGCUGAACCUGUAAGGGCUGAGUUUGAAAUGUUCGUCGAUGCAUGCAUUUCGUCUUAUGUUCCUGGAUCUUAUGAUACAGUUGAUGAGCAUAUGUGUGCCUUCAGGGAACGGUGUCGAUUCAAGGUGUACAUUCCUUCGAAGCCUGGAAAGUAUGGGAUAAAAGUGUGGGCUGCUGUAGAUUGUGAGACCAAUUAUGUCAUAAAUGCACAAGUGUACACGGGAAAAUCUACUGAAGGAAGGGAAAUAAAUCAAGGGAAACGAGUGUUACAAGAUUUAGUUGAUCACCUGAAGGGAAGUAGUAGGAACAUUACCUCUGAUAACUUUUUUACAAGUUUUGAUUUCGGACAAGAACUUCUUGCUAAUGAAUUGACACUUGUGGGAACUCUUCGGGCCAACAGAAAAGAGAUACCAAAAUAA